UGGACUGUCCUCUGCCUCCGGACCGCCUAGAGCCAGGGCCACCGCGGAGAGGUUGCGCGGAGCCGCACCUGAGCCCCGGGGUAAACCGAGGCUGACCAGAGCCUCGCCACAGGCUCUGGACUCUGCGAGUCUCACCGUUCCAGCCCGGCGGGCUUGAACCGCGGUCCACCCGGCUCGACUCCCCGGAGCCCUUGGCCCCAAGUAUUGGGAAAGUUCUGCGCCGGGCGGAACCUGCCGCCGUCGGCCGCGCCCCUACGCGCGGGACCCGCGCUCUUGAACUCCGCCGCGCGCGCCCGGGGUCCACCUUGCGCCGCCCCGCGCGCAGGCGAGGAGCAGCUGCCGGGAAACCCUAUGAACUCUCCAGAAAGGGCGUGACGAAGGGUCCUGCGGGGCGCGGUCCCGGCCGUCCCGGUCCCCACUUCGGUGGAGCUCGCAGGCAGUAGAGAGCAGAGAGGUGAAGGAGAAGGAUGAGCGUGUAGCCUCUGGGGACCUCCGCGCAGUAAUGCCAGCAUGAUGGUUGAUACACAGGGGAUAAGGUGCUGCCGUUGGAGGUGGAAGCUGAGGACCCUUCUGCUCCCAUUUGCUUUAUGGAUUAUGUGUGUCCCCUGCUCAGUGUGGGGAUGUAGCAACUGCAGGAUUGUCCUAUCCAAUCCUUCUGGAACCUUUACUUCUCCAUGCUACCCUAACGACUACCCUAACACCCAGUCUUGCUCGUGGACCCUCCGAGCCCCUACCGGCUACAUCAUUCAGAUAACGUUUAAUGACUUCGACAUUGAAGAAGCUCCCAAUUGCAUCUAUGACUCACUAUCCCUUGAUAAUGGAGAGAGCCAGACAAAAUUUUGUGGAGCAACUGCCAAAGGCUUGUCAUUUAACUCAACUGUGAAUGAGAUGCAUGUGUCUUUUUCAAGUGACUUUAGCAUCCAGAAGAAAGGUUUCAACGCCAGCUACAUCAGAGUUGCUGUGUCCUUACGGAAUCAAAAGGUCAUUUUGCCCCAGACAUUAGAUGCGUACCAGGUAUCAGUGGCAAAAAGUGUCUCCAUUCCUGAGCUCAGUGCUUUCACGCUGUGCUUUGAAGCUUCCAAAGUUGGCAGCGAAGAUGAUGACUGGAGAGCUUUCUCCUACUCAGACGAGUUCUUCACACAGCUUCUGAGUUUCGAGAAGGUCAACAAUGAUUACUUCCUCUCCAUUUCUGGCUCGAGAUGCUUGCUGAACAGUGCAUUGCCCAUGAAGGAAAAUGAAGACAUCUUCACAGAAAACUUCGAGCAGCUCUGUCUUGUAUGGAAUAAUACUUGGGGCUCCGUGAGUGUACAUUUCAAGAAGAGCUAUGAAACAGUUCCAUGUGAUUCCACCAUGAGUGCAGUUAUACCUGGGGACGGGGCAUUGCUGCUGGGCUCUGUCAGAGAUGAAAUUGCCUCUCUAAAGGGCAGCAUCUAUAACUUUCGACUCUGGAAUUUCACAAUGGAUUCUAAGGUCCUCACCAACCUCAGCUGUAGUGUGCCCGGGAAUGUCGUGGACUGGCACAAUGACUUUUGGAGCAUCUCAACCCAGGCUCUCAAAGCCGAGAACAACCUGAGCUGUGGUUCCUACCUGGUCCCUCUGCCCGCAGCUGAGCUGACGAACUGUUCAGAUCUGGGGACUCUCUGUCAAGCUACUGUAAACCCUCCUAGUACUACACCACCCACUGUCACCACUAAUAUCCCUGUUACUAACAGAACCCAUAAACCAAAGAAUGACGGAAUAAUGUAUAGAAUAUCUGUUGUGAUUCACAACGACCUUAAUCACCCGGAAGUAAAAGUACAGAGCAAGGUAGCAGAGUGGCUCAAUUCAACCCUCCAGAACUGGAACUAUACUGUUUAUGUGGUCAAUAUAAGUAUUCAUCAAAACACAGGCGAGGACAGGAUUAAAGUCAAGAGAGACACCCUGGAUGAUGACAAAAGGGUGGUGCUGUGGGCUCUUCUAGUCUACAAUGCUACCAACAAUCCCAACCUGGAUGAAGCAAAGAUCGAAGAGAAGAUUAAAUCCAACAAUGCAUCACUAGAUGAAGGCCUGAGGCUCCACGAAGUCAAUGUGAAUAAGCUGGGUACAUGUAGUGCCGAGGAGGAUCCAGAGGGCUUUAGCUGGCCAGCCAUCUCUUCACGCUCUUCCUUUCAACAACCAUGCCCUAACAAGCCGGGCUCUUACAUAACACGGACAUGCCUUUCUAAUGCCACAUCAACCUUCUGGAGCCCUGUUGACGCCUCCAAUUGCUCAAGACAACCAAAUCAAAAGGCCAAGGCUAUUUUAGAUUUAACUGGUGAUGGGCAGAACCUAUCCUCAGCCAAUAUUAGCAACAUUGUUGAGGAGGUCAAAAGGAUAGUGAGCGAAGAAGAAAAUAUUGAUAUAACGCUCGGCUCCACUCUAAUGAAUAUAUUUUCUAAUAUCCUAAGCAGUUCGGAUAGUGAUUUGCUUGAGUCGUCUUCUGAAGCUUUAAAAACAAUUGAUGAGCUAGCCUUCAAAAUAGACCUGAAUAGCACAGCACACGUGAAUAUUGCAACACAGAAUUUGGCUCUUGGAGUAUCAUCCCUGAUGCCAGGGACGGAUGCACCUUCAAAUUUUAGCAUUGGUCUUCCAAGCAAUAAUGAAUCCUAUUUCCAGAUGGACUUUGAGAACGGACAAAUAGAUUCAUUGGCAUCCGUGAUUUUACCUCCGAACUUGCUGGAGAAUUUAAGUCAAGAAGAUUCCUUAUUAGUCAGAAGAGCACAGUUUACUUUCUUCAACAAAACUGGACUUUUCCAGGAUGUUGGAUCUCAAAGAAAAAUCCUAGUGAGUUAUGUGAUGGCAUGUAGCAUUGGAAACAUUACUAUCCAGAAUCUGAAAGAUCCAGUUCAAAUCAAAAUCAAACACACCAGAACUCAGGAAGUGUAUCGUCCCAUCUGCGCCUUCUGGGAUCUGAACAAAAAUACAAGUUUUGGAGGCUGGAACACCUCGGGAUGUGUCGCGAGCUCGGAUUCAAAUGCUGGCGAGACCAUCUGCCUGUGUAACCACUUCACUCACUUCGGAGUCCUGAUGGAUCUCCCAAGGAGUGCCUCUCAAAUAGAUGGAAGAAACACAAAGGUCCUCACUUUCAUCACCUACAUUGGGUGUGGAAUAUCGGCUAUUUUCUCAGCAGCAACUCUCCUGACGUAUGUUGCUUUUGAGAAACUACGCAGGGAUUAUCCCUCCAAAAUCCUGAUGAACCUGAGUUCGGCCCUGCUCUUCCUGAAUCUCAUCUUCCUCCUGGAUGGCUGGAUCACUUCCUUCGAUGUGGCUGGCCUCUGUACAGCUGUGGCUGCCCUGCUGCACUUCUUCCUCCUGGCCACCUUCACCUGGAUGGGGCUAGAAGCCAUCCACAUGUACAUUGCUCUUGUGAAAGUGUUUAACACUUACAUCCACCGGUAUAUCCUAAAAUUCUGCAUCAUUGGCUGGGGUCUGCCAGCCUUGGUGGUGUCAAUUAUUCUAGCGAGCAGAAAACAAGACGAAGUGUAUGGGAAAGAAAGUUAUGGCAAAGAGGAGGAGGAUGAAUUUUGCUGGAUUCAGGAUCCUGUGGUAUUUUAUGUGAGCUGUGCCGGCUACUUCGGAAUCAUGUUCUUCCUGAACGUUGCCAUGUUCAUUGUGGUCAUGGUACAGAUCUGUGGGAGGAACGGAAAGAGAAGCAACCGGACCCUGAGAGAAGAGGUUUUAAGGAACCUGCGUAGUGUGGUCAGCCUGACCUUCCUGCUGGGCAUGACGUGGGGUUUUGCUUUCUUUGCCUGGGGACCCUUAAAUAUCCCUUUCAUGUACCUCUUCUCCAUCUUCAAUUCUUUACAAGGAUUAUUUAUAUUUAUCUUCCACUGCGCCAUGAAGGAGAAUGUUCAAAAACAGUGGAGGCGCCAUCUGUGCUGUGGCAGGUUUCGGCUAGCAGACAAUUCAGAUUGGAGCAAGACAGCUACCAAUAUCAUCAAGAAGAGCUCCGAUAACCUGGGGAAAUCUUUAUCUUCAAGUUCCAUUGGCUCCAACUCAACAUACCUCACAUCCAAAUCAAAAUCCAGCUCCACCACCUAUUUCAAAAGAAACAGUCACUCAUACAGCAGUUCCAUGGACAAGUCGUUGUCAAAACUGACCCAUACUGGUGGAGAGCAGACGUCAAUCAUCCCUGUCCAUCAGGUUAUUGAUAAGGUCAAAGGUUACUGUAAUGCUCAUUCAGAUAACUUCUAUAAAAAUAUUAUCCUUUCAGAUACAUUCAGCCACAGUACAAAGUUUUAAUGUAUGGGGGGGGGGGGGAAAGAAUCUGUCUGGAGAAGUGUAAACCUUUACAAGCAGAGAAAGCUGUGCCCAACAGAAGGCAGCGUGCUGUUCCCUAGGUAACUGCGGAGCCUUGAGGACUGGAUCUUUUAGAGAAGCUCUUGUGGGAUCCAGCAUUCAUCUUUUCAGAAUAUUUUUUCUGUGGACAAGCUUCAAUCAUCACACUUCAGAACUGAAAGCACGCUGAACACCGCAAGGAGACAGGACUUCUUAGAAUGAGUAACUCAAUCAAACUCGUCAGAAUUUGAGGGAAAGGUCAUUAAAAUCAAAAGAUACAAGAGGAAGAAACACGGGAGUGAAUUCUAGUUGCAAUCUCAUCUACACCAUCUUACCUGGAUGUAAGAUGCUUGGAUGUGGCCUGACUUUCAUGAAGACUAAGUAGAAAGCACACUAAUUAAUGUUUGUAGUGAUUUGGGAUGCUCACGGGUUCUGUUCCAAUGCUAUUUUCUAUGAAUAUAGCAGCAUUUCUUUCUUUUUUUUUUCCAGUGAAAUUUUCAACGUAAGUAGAAAAGAUGUUUAAUAUUUGACCCAUAUAAUAUUAAAUGUGAUUUUUUCCAUUAUGUCAAAUAUUUAACUUUCAUGAAAAUAAUUUGCUAAAAGAGUAUUUCAGAAAUUUGAUCUCAUUAAUAUGCUGUAUAAAUUUCUAGUAUCUCAAGUCAUAGAGCUUAAGCAUCACCAUCGUCCCCCACACGUGAAUCCAGCUGAAUGUGCCCUUGGCAUAAAGUGGGCCUCCUGGGAGUUAAGAACAAAUAGGUUUACCUUCCCUCACCCCCUCUCGGGUCCUCCUUCACUCUUCAUUGGGCCCACAGGUUCAAGAGAAGAAUGAGAAUUCCAGUUAAGCACCCUGUAUGCCAUGACCUCUCACCACUGAGAGAACACACUUUUGAGACUAUGUGAGCCUAUCCCUGCUUUAAUGAUUUUAAGACAUUUCAGAUCCCAUACACUCAGAGACCUCUGACUUCCCCCAGUGAUAAUUUUCUUCUAAAGAACAAACAGUGAGACAUACAGCUGUCUUGGUUCAUCAAAAUAACUUAGAAAUAUGUAGAUCUACAACAGCUAGUCUAAGAACUAUUUGCACUGAGUCCUGCAAUCAGAGUGUCUAAGGAGGGCUGGUGCGAUAUACUACUCUGUGGUGUGAUGUUUAUGGAUCAGACUGCAGCAUGCAAGUCACGCAAAGCAUUCAGCAGCUCCCUUAACUCCAAAAGGACGCUAAACAAGGUGUCCUUGCUAAGGAGGGUAUAGGUUGCUCUCAAGUGAUGGAAUCCUUUCCGCUGGCCUCAGUACAUGCUUGUGUUAGCCUUGCUCAGGGUUCUCUGCCAUGUUGCGGGUUUGGCAGGCCAGUGGCACAGGGGCGACAAAGGGGGAGAGUGUAGCAGAGUUAGUCGGAGGGCAGAGGCCAGACCUGAACCUCUGUGCAGAAAGCAGGUCGUGCUUGGCUAAGAUAUAUAAUAUAUAUAUACAGGACCUUGCAGGCUCUGCAACAGCUGAAGGGUCCUCUCCUCUCACCAAGUGUCAAUCAUGAAACUGUUUGCCAGGCUGCCAAAGAUGAUAGAAUGUAGUGGUGGGUUGUUGUUGCUGGUCUAACAGCCUGGACUGGCAUUGGUGGACGUGAAUGUUGUUAGGCCUGGCUUUCCCAGAGGAGGAGGCCAUUUAGGAGGAGUCGACAGUACAUCGUAAGGUCACUAAGAUUCACUGCACUAGAGCCAGCCCUUUGCUUGUGGUUUGUAUCAACAGGCUGCUCACUGUGCCAGAGGAUACAUACACAGGUGAAAUCUAAGUUUGCUAGUCACGAAAUAUUCACCUUCUCCCCAAAACUUAGGAAAAUCACGAUAGAUUUUCAUUAGGUUUCUACUGUGAGACUUCUGCACAAAGUGCAUGUUUAGUUAAUAAAAGUUAUGACAUAGCUUCAAAAAUGCCUUUGCUUUUGAGUUUCACUUACAAGUAUUCAGAUCAGAGAGAAACCUUUUUUAAUUUUUUCAUAUUUGGCAAGAAUGUCAGCUCCACUUGAAAAAUGUUUGAUGAAGAAGAAGAAACACCAGACUAGAAAUAGGUGCAAGUGGAUUUCAAAGCCUGAACCAAAUUCUACCUUCAGUUCCAAGUAUGUGGCUUCAUGUGCAUUUGGCCCCUUAGAAGACUGGGCAGGAAUUCCACUGGAGGGCCAGACUCCGGCCUCCACCCGCCUGUAAGACAGUACCAGUUCCAACUCUGGUUACUCACUCCCCGCCCUCUCUCUUCCCUGCACUGCAUUAGAGCUUUGGUCUAGGGUCCUGAGACAAUCUCCGUUCUUGUCACUGGUUCCUGCGGUGUAAAGAUUUUCCUUGUCAUUGGCAAUGUCUCUCCUGUACAUAGUUAUUUAUUUGUGUCCACGUCAGUUUUGUUCAAUACAUUAGCUUCCUAUUGCCCAGCUUUAUUGUUUUAAUGAACUUCCUAGUAGAGAGACUGUAUUUUUUCUAGAAAAGUUGUGAAACAGGUUUCUGUAGCGGUAUCUUUGAAUAUUAUGGAAAGAAGCAACUGUGAGGGCAAACUAGAAUUAGCAGUGAGAAACUGCUAACGCUGAUUUGCCAUUUUAACUGAAAUGGAAAAUGAUUUUUUCAAAUAAAUACUUAUGUUGUUCAUGUUCCAAAUUAUUCACUUCCUUUAUGAGUGACUGUUUCUAUUUCUGACUCUUAAAUAGGGAUUAAAAAAAGUUAUUUGACAACUGGAAAAUAACCUUGCCACCAAUAAAUCCAAUGACAUGGGGCAAUUUAGCCAAAACACGAGGAAUGAAUAUGCGACGAAGAUUCAGAUUCUGGGAUUAAUGUAUUCUGACUUUAGAAUUUCUCAGGAUAACUGGUACACAGCCAGGCUGAAGGCAGCGUAAACAUAAUUUAGGCAUGAUUAUUUUGAAGAAAAGACUAAAGCAGAAAAAGAAAAUGAAAAUAAAAAUGGGAAGGAACAUCGUAGUGUUAUGCAGAAUUUGGGGCUUGAGGUAUAUGUCUCACAUCUACAGUUGCUGUUUUCCUUAUGGGAGACGUGGAAACUGGUCCGUUUUAGUUAACUUUACUUGCAUGAUCAGAACGAAGGCACCCUUUUUUUCCUUUUUCCUCUGGUAACUUAGAAUCAUUCAUUUCUGCAGAGCCAAGGCCAAUUUGGCUCACGGUGCUCCUCAACGAAGUGUGUGCCCAGCACUAAGUUGUGAGGCUCUUUGGCAGGUCACUGCAAAACCAGACCUCCUGAGCCAAGGUUUACAACUCUGCGCCAAGUCAUGUUAAGAAAACAGGAGUUGCUCAAGGCCCAUCUGCAGACCUGGGUGAUCAGGUCACUCACUUCUGAAGGCCUGGGUGAGCAACAGGGGGGCGCUCACAGGAAACUCCUGUUUGAGUUCCAUGCUAUUCCGUGUUUACAGCAGUUCUGAAGUCUGUAUGAGUUGGGCUUUGUAAACGCAGCACCUUGGCCAGGCUUCAGGGUUCUCAGUUAAAUAACAUGCCGCUCUUUCAGAUCCAACCUAAUCUCUCUCCCUCCCACUCCUGACUAAUCUCCCCCCACUACUCCAUACUUGUCUCUUCACUUCAUCUCCCACCUUUAUAUAUUCCCUCCUUCCUUCCUUUCCAGGAACAAUGGUUUGUGUUACACUUUCCCUUUUCUGUCUCCCUUGAGAAAAAAAGUAAGAAUAAAAGUGAAGUUUUCAAAGUUUUUCAUUUAUAGUCUACUUUCUGAGAGGCUAUAAAGGAAAAAGGAAGAUUUAAAGUUUUCUUCUCACAGGCAGACCUUCACCUGCUGAAAAACAUGUUGGCAACUUCCAAAUUUGGGCAGCUAUGAAAAGAGCUGCUGUAAUUGUCUAAUGUCCAAGUUUUUGUGUGGACAUAUCAUUUAUAUUCUUGGGUAAAACAUGAAGCCAUGAUGGUGGGUCACAUGACAAGAGAGUGUUUGGUUUAUUUAGAUUCUGCCAUCAGCCUUGCAAAGUUGUGAUUGGAGGGUGGCUUAAGAUUUUUAAAGUGUGUGUUUGUGUGUGUGUGUAUGUGUGUGUGUGUGUGUGUGUGUGUGUGUGUGUAAUGCCCCUUACGUGCAAGUGCCCAUGGUAGUCAGGAGAAGCAGGCUAUAGUUGCAGGCACUUGUGAAUCAAACUCAGGUUUUCUGCAAGAACAAAUUAAUUUCUAAACCAUCCAGCUCCCCGGAGGAUUUUCAUUAAUUUUAGUUUCUCCACAUUGGCAACAGACUGUAGCCCUACCUACAGCCCUUGGUUUCUGUUCUGUCAUAGGUGUGUGUGUGUGUGUGUGUGUGUGUGUGUGUGUGUGUGUGUGCAUCCAUAGGUGAUGUGGGAGAGUCUUCUGUUUUGUGUUGAUUUCAUUGGUUAAAUAAAGAGACUGCCUUGGCCCUUUAAUAGGACAAAAUUUAGGUAGGUGGAGUAGACUGAACAGAAUGCUGGGAGAAAGAAGCCGAGUCAGGCAGUCACCAUAGCUCCCCUUUCCGAGAUGGAAGCAGGCUAGGAUGCAUCCCGGUAAGCCACGACCUCGUGGUGCUACACAGAUUAUUAGAAAUGGGUUAAUCAAGAUGUCAGAGCUAGCCAGUAAGAGGCUAGAGCAGUGUUUAAAAGAAUACAAUUUGUGUGUUAUUAUUUCCGGGGCUAAGCUAGCUAUGCGGGAUCCAGGCGGGAGCAUAGCCUGCCACUCCAUACUACACAUAGGGUAUGGUUACACUCAUGUGAAGCUCAGAGGACAACCUCUGGUGUUAGUCCUCAGGCACUAUCUUAGUUACUUUUCUCUUUGCUAUGAUAAAAUACCUCAGCAAAAACAAUUUGAAAGAGAAAGGGCUUAUGUUGGCUUACCAUUUCAGAAGGACAGAGUCCAUCUGUCAGGGAAGAUGUAUCAGUCAGCAGGGAACUCAUCAGGCACCUUGCUUUUCAUACUGCAUCCACACUCAAAGUUAGAACAGGAAGUGGAGCCAAACUAUAAAGCAUCAAGGCCCGUUGUUAGAUAUUUUACUCUUAUUACUCUUUUGGCUUUGUGGGGGGGAGGCACACCCAGCUCCCAAAUAAAUCAUACACAAAGGUUUAUUUUUAGUUAUGAAUGUCAGCUUAGUUUGGCUUGUUUAUUGUCAGUUUUUCUUAAAUUAUCUCUUCUAUCUUUGGCCACAGGGCUUUUAUCUUUCUCUAUUCCUGUAUAACUUUUCUUACCUUCUUAUUCCAUGUCUGGCUGUGUAGCUGGGUGGCUGGGUGACUGGGUGGCUGGCCCCUGAAGUCCUUAUCCUCCUCUCAUUCCCAAAUUUCCUUUCUCAGAUUUCUCCUCAUAUUUAUCCUUUCUUCCUGCCAGCCUAUUUCUCUCUCCUGCCUUGCUAUUAGUCAUCAGCUCUUUAUCAGGUGUUUUAGACAGGCACAGUAACAUAGCUUCUCAGAGUUAAACAAAUGCAAAAUAAACAAAAGUAACACACCUUAAAAUAAUAUUCUCUAACAAAGGCCUGCCACCAGUGGCCUCAAGGUUCCACCCUUUGAAGAUCCCACAACCUUCCCCAAGAGCACUACCAGCUACAGAUAGCAUGAUCAACCUACUAUCUGUAGAUAACACGAUCAGUCACAUGAGGUCUGGGGAACAUUUUACCAUGAAACCAUGACAGGUACCUUCCACCUUUCUGUUUGAGAUAAGAUCUCUCAUUGGCCUGGAACACCACCAUAUAGGCCAAGAGAGCUCCCAAGGACCCACCUGACUCUCCCUCCCAUCUCGUCUUUGCUAGGAUUACAGGCAUGUGCCGCCAUACCCAGCUGCUUACAUUGGUUCCAGGGUCCAGACCCAGGUCUCCACACUCCCAAAGCAAGUCCUUUAAUAACUGAACCAUCUCCACAUCUCAUAGCUACAUUUUUGUGAAGUCUGAAUCAUGUUGUCAAGUUUGUCUUGGAUCCUAACCAUGAUUUUUUAGGUCUGGUUCUCAAUACCAUAUAAUAAUGGUUUGAAGAUCUCUAAAUUUAAAUUCUUGAGAAUUUGGUGGUUUGUUUGUUUAGAGAACAAUGGUCAAUUGGAGAACAAAAAAAAUACAGUAGUUCUUAGACAGUCUUGGGUGAAAUUCUGUUAAAUAUAUGUAUUUAAAUAUAGAUAUAUUAUUUAAAAUAAUAUAAGUAUAAUGAAAUGUAAAUAUAUAUAUUAGAUAGAUGGUUGCAAUUAAAUCUCAAUUAUGUCUCA